AUGCUUUCCGACUACCAGGAUGUCAUGAAACGUAUUAUAACUGGCGACGAGUCUUGGAUCUACGCUUACGACCCGGAAACAGACGAUCAAUCGGCCGAAUAUCGUGCCAAAGGUGAGCCGAAGCCGAAAAAACCACGUCAAAGCAAGUCAAAAAUCAAGGUCAUGUUGACAGUUUUCUUUGAUCAUCGAGGUGUGGUGCAGUCCGAAUUCCUUCAGACUGGCCAAGCUGUCAACAAGGAAUACUAUUUGAGUGUUAUGCGUCGUUUGAGUGAAGCUAUUCGUAAAAAGAGGCCGGAAUUAUGGGCCGACAACUUUUGGUUUUUGCACCACGAUAAUGCACCGUCGCAUACUGCAUUGAUUCUUCGUGAGUUUUUCGCCAAAAAUUCAACCAAUAUCGUUCCACAAGCACCGUAUUCGCCCGAUUUAGCUCCGUGCGACUUCUGGCUGUUCAGGAAACUCAAGCGACCGCUCCGGGGAAACCGUUUUGAGUCAAUUGGAGACAUUAAACGUGAAUCGCUACGCGCACUGAAGGCUAUUCCGGAAACUGACUUUAACAACUGUUAG